AGCUGAGACUGAAGUCCUUUUAAAGACUCGACAAUGGCGAGGAUUUUUAUUCUUGUGGUUGGAAUUGUGCUCCUUCUCCAAACUGUCAUUGUCAAGCCUGAGAAACAGCAAGCAGAGGGUGGAAUUCCUCAUGAUGAGCCACUGAAUGAACCAGAGGAAGAUCGAGAUAUGAUCUAUCACAGCCUGCCAGAUAACCUUCAUCACAACCUUCAGCCAGAGAUGGUUGUGUUACAUGAGACACCAUUGAAUGAGCCAGAAGAAGAUCGAGAUAUGAUUCAUCACGGUGAUUCAAAUAUUCUUCAACAGGAGUUGCAGGCAAAAAGGGAGCACGACACAGUAUUAAUUGAACCAGCAGAAGAUUAUAACAAUGCUGAAAUUACUGGACAUAAACAUCAUGUCAAGUUGGUUUUGCCAUAUGAGCCGUUAAAUGAGUCUGAGGAAGAUCGAGAUAUGAUGUAUCAUAGCCUGCCCGAUAAUCUUCAUCACAACCUCCAGCCAGAGAUGGUCAAAUUACAUGAGACACCAAUGAAUGAGCCAGAAGAAGACCGAGAUAUGAUCCAUCAUGGGAUAUGAAAUCCUGAUUGUCCUCCAAUACAGUUAUAUAGAACAGGAGAUAGAAGAUUUGAUUCAUCACUGCAUUAAUUUAAAGCUGCAGGAAACAGGACUGAUGCAAUCAGAACAGUUUUGAAAUACCAGAAUUCCAUAACUCAACAAUGAAAGUUAUUAAGAUCAAAACAGAAAUGAAAUGUCUUUGAGAAAUCAAGUUUCCAAGCGCUAAUUUAAAAACAGAGCGGAAAAAUAAUUGCGGUCAUUUCAUUGCAUUAGUGUUGGAACUAUUUUGACUCAUCACUGCUAAGUCACAUAUUGUGUCUUUAAUCACAGGCAUCAAGAAUUAGCAGUCAAAAAUGAACAAGGCCCCAGAAAGGAUAAUCCUUCCACCAGUACUAAAAAAUAAAUCGAGUGAUGACAAUAUGUAAACCAUGACAUAAUGCAGUGAGAUAAUAAUGGGAUUUUUUUUGAGUUACUGUAGCACUCGGGAAGUGAAUUGGGAAUCUCAUUUCCACUACAAAAGGAGUUGGCAUCAUCUUUUCCGCAAAGUUAUGCUGAUCCAUCAAGAACAGCUCUGUGCAAAUUCUCGGCAAAAUGUGUCUGAACAUAUCAAAGCUCUAUCAAGAAUUCCUCCACCUCAAAGUUUAAAAGAUAUUUAUCGAUCUUAAUGAAGUGAGUUGAAGGCCUUCCCAAAACAGCUGAGCAAGGAAAAACAGAUUUAAUAUUCUUAUCCCUCAAUGUUAAAAUUAAUGCUAUGAGUUUAAGAAACAAAUUAAAUAUUCAGAAGAAAUAUUUACCACAUUAAAAACCAAAAGAACUUCAG